AUGACCAACAACAACAACAACAGUGGCGGAAACAGUUGCCGAAGUCCUAGUACGCAGCAACCGCCAUCCAGGUCGCCGGUCGGCAGCAUGACUCACCUCGAGCACCGCAGCUCGAUCAGCUCGGCCAAGAGUCCGUGUCUGUCGCGCCAGGGAACGCUGCGAUCCUCGCACCGGCGCAAGAGCAGCCUCGGGGCAUCGCUCAACCUCAGCCAAGGACGCCGAAGUCCCGGCUCGGGAAUGCUGAACGAUCGCAGUCCCUCCGGACGGCCCAAGAGCCCGAAUCUGCUGAUCACCGACCAGAUGUACGCGGCCAGCUUCGAUCGGCGCUCACCGACGGCGAUGUCCUUCUCGGGCCGCCGAUCCCCAUCCGGUCUGCGGUCCCCUUCCGGUCUGAGGUCCCCAUCAGGUCUGCGGUCCCCAUCUGGAAGGCGCAGUCCGCUUGGGUUCGGGAACCUACAGUCGGAGUACGCGGAGCUGUUGCAGAGUCAGCAGGAGCGAUUCAGCCCGAACUCGCUCAGCAGCCAUCAGUCGUACCAGGACCGGCGCUCAAGCCCGACCACCAUCCACUUGCCACCGGAGCGUAGCCGAAGUCCCGUCGUCGGUGGUGGCUUCGGGUUCCCGUUCGGACCAGGCGGGCGAGAGUCCCGCUCCGUUCGCACCAGUCCCACCGCGCUCGGCAACAUACCACCGAUUACCAUCUCGAACCCGUCGGAAACGUACGAGAUCGUCCAGAAGUCGAUCGAAACGGGUCACCACCAGCGCAGUCCCAAGAGCCCCAAGAGCCCGAUCCGACCGGAACCGGGAGCGGCCACGGGUUCCUCUUCCAGUACCCCAACAGCAGCUCCGGAGAAGAAGGAGAAAACGAGCGUCAUGAAGGAGAUCCUGGCGACGAACAAGUUCACGGCUGCGUUCACGAGGACGAUCGAGCCGCCGCUGCUGCGCCAGAGCACCUUCUCCAGCAUCCAGCACUCGUCGAGCUGCGCCGGGCGGAACGCGAUCACGAAGCAGAUGUCGGAGAUUGCGUUCGAGCCGAUCAUGUCGUCGCUGAAGUGGAAGAACGUAGGUUCCAAGAUCUCGCUCAAGUCGCUCAAGAAGUUGUCGCAAGGCGUCAGCGUUGGGAUCGGUGGCGGAGGUGGCGCCGGGGCGGACGAGAAGCGCGCAGGACCCCGCUCGGACAAGCGCUCCAGCGGUGACGAGGUGAGUGACCGCGAGAGCAGUGACGGGGUGGCGGUGGCCGCCACCACCCCUGCGGACGCCGCCUUCGAGAUGCUGGAGAGUGUCCACUUCGAGAAGGUGGGCGAUUCGUACAUCCGCCACGAUCAGAUCCGGGAGGAGGGCGAAAGUCCGCGUGGCUCCCAGGAGGAAGCGGCCGGUGGCAGUGGGGGCGAGGGCAGUGACGUGGAGGGUGACGCUGGCGAUGGGCGGCUGCGGGUGGGUGCCGUGAGCGAGAUGAAGAAGUCACUGGAGGCGCUGUUCACCCGACAGCAGCCCGCCAGCAUCGACGAGGCGGCGGGUGACGUGGCGGUGGCGGCGACGACGACGGACGCCAUCCAGUGUCCUACGUUCGAGAUCGAGCCCCCGUCGCGGCGCGCUUCGUUCGAUCCGCCCCGAUCACCGUUCCUGGAGAACCUAAGGAGUCUGAGCGAUACGGAUCACGAGGGUACGACCACGCAUCACAGCCGGGACUCGGGUGGUGAUAGCUUCGAGAUGAUCGACACCACGGACAGGAUGCCGGGUUCGAGCGUUUCCGGCGACCGGCACUCGUCGAUGGACACCAGCUUCGAUAUCUCGCGCUACCAGUCGACCAGCUACGAGGAUCAGAACUCGUCGUUCGAGCUCGUCGAGCUGGACAGCUCGCAGCGCGGCGACAAGACGCUUUCCCCGUUCGACAUCCGCAAGUCCUCGAUCGAGCUGGUCGAUGCGGAGACGUUCCAGCGCAGCACCUACCCGGAGGGCCGCAAGUCGUCGCUCGAGACGCACUUCGAUCUGGCGGACGGCUACCAGCAGCAGGGGGGACCGCAAGCGGGACCGGCGCACCGUUCCGCCAGUCCCCGGUCGACGUUCUCGGUGACGAGGGCCCCAACCCGUAAACAGAUCUCGGAGCCGGGGCGCUGUCGCGAGCCGCUCCACGGACGAUCGACGGGUGGCAGCAUCGUCGGAGGUCCCGCCGGUCUGGCCUCGACUUCCGGUAGUGGAACCGGCACGGGGAUGAAGACUCACCACUCGGCGCCGCAUCGUGCCAAGUCACCGCUCUCGAAUCAGACCUCGUCCAACUUUAGCUCCCGCGAUAGCUACGAUUCGAUCUUCGAAACGACACCUCCUCAGCCGCACCACCAACACCACCACCAGCACCAGCACCAGCACCAUUCGCACUACCAUCAGGCGGCGGCAAAGGGUCCUUCGGCCGACGGGAAGCAACACUUCCCACUGGCGCCACCACGGAAGUCUUCGAACGAGUCGCCGAGGUUCCUGUGCACCGACAAGCGCUGUGCCGCCAUCUUCGAGCCGAGACCAACGCCUGCGUCCGGUGGUGGUGGUGGUGGUGGUGGUGGCGGACCGUGCGGAUCCGGUGGUCGGUUGUCGUCCUGCUACCUGGAUACCUCGAGCGGUAGUGAGUUCGAACCACCGUCACCGCGCCGAGCCGCCAGUGCCUCGCCGAAGCACACGUUCACGUUCCGGAUUGUGCUGAAGAAGGUGGACAGCUCGCCGGAUGCGAUCUGUCCGUCGAUCGAGAGACGCCAGCUGCGCGAGAAGGCUGAGAACCGCCACAAGCGGCGUGACAGUCGCCGCAAGAAACUGCUCGAAAUCGGCAAGAGCUUCUAG